GCGACGGCGGUGGUGGCGGUUGUCCCGGCCGGCCGGUUGGUGUGACCGGUCGGCGCGCGCUGCGCAUCGUCCGCGCUUCCUCCAGCCGGGCGGAACCGAGCGGAGGCCGAGGCCGGAGCCCGCGCGGACGGAGGAGGGCGGAGGCGGCGGCGGCGGCCAGGGCGGCCCGUGGGAGGGAGCGCGGGGCCCCGGCAUUGCCGCCGGCUCCCGGCCCUGCCGGCCUCGUCGGUCGGAGCCGCGGCCAUGGCGGCCAGCGCGAAGCGGAAGCAGGAGGAGAAGCACCUGAAGAUGCUGCGGGACAUGACGGGGCUGCCGCACAACCGCAAGUGCUUCGACUGCGACCAGCGCGGCCCCACCUACGUGAACAUGACGGUCGGCUCGUUCGUGUGCACCUCCUGCUCGGGCAGCCUGAGAGGAUUAAAUCCACCUCACAGGGUGAAAUCUAUCUCCAUGACAACAUUUACACAACAGGAAAUUGAAUUCCUGCAAAAACAUGGAAAUGAAGUCUGUAAACAGAUUUGGCUAGGAUUAUUUGAUGAUAGAUCAUCAGCAAUUCCCGACUUCAGGGAUCCACAAAAAGUGAAAGAGUUUCUACAAGAGAAAUACGAAAAGAAAAGAUGGUAUGUUCCGCCAGAACAAGCCAAAGUGGUGGCAUCGGUUCACGCAUCUAUUUCAGGGUCUUCUGCCAGCAGCACAAGCAGCACGCCCGAGGUUAAGCCCCUGAAAUCCCUGCUGGGAGAUUCUGCACCAGCACUGCACUUAAAUAAGGGCACACCUAGUCAGUCCCCAGUUGUAGGUCGCUCUCAAGGGCAGCAACAGGAAAAGAAGCAGUUUGACCUUUUGAAAGAUCUUGGCUCAGACAUCUUUGCUGCUCCGCCUCCUCAGUCAACAGCUACAGCCAAUUUUGCUAAUUUUGCACAUUUUAACAGUCAUGCAGCUCAGAAUUCUGCAAAUGCAGAUUUUGCAAACUUUGAUGCAUUUGGACAGUCUAGUGGUUCGAGUAAUUUUGGAGGUUUCCCCACAGCAAGUCACUCUCCUUUUCAGCCCCAAACUACAGCAGUAAAAGUACUUUCAUCUAGCUGCAGCUUUGGUGACUUUACUUCAGCUUUUCCUCUCCAGGCUGCCCACAGUGGAAGUGCUGGAUCAGUAAAUGCUAAUUUUGCUCAUUUUGAUAACUUCCCCAAAUCCUCCAGUGCUGAUUUUGGAACCUUCAGUACAUCCCAGAGUCAUCAGACAGCAUCAACUGUUAGUAAAGUUUCAACAAACAAAGCUGGUUUACAGACAGCAGACAAAUAUGCGGCACUUGCUAAUUUAGACAAUAUCUUCAGUGCUGGGCAAGGAGGUGAUCAAGGGAGUGGUUUUGGGACCACGGGUAAAGCUGCUGUUGGUUCUGUGGUUUCAGUUCCCAGUCACUCAAGUGCAUCUUCAGACAAGUACGCAGCACUAGCAGAGUUAGACAGUGUGUUCAGUUCUGCAGCCACCUCCAGUAACGCGUACACAUCCACAAGUAACGCUAGCAGCAGUGUUUUUGGAACCGUGCCUGUGGGUGCUUCUGCUCAGACACAACCUGCUUCAAGUGGGCCUGCUCCAUUUGGGGCUACGCCUUCUACGAAUCCAUUUGUUGCUGCUACUGGUCCUUCUGCGGCAUCGUCUACAAACCCAUUUCAGACCAAUGCCAGAGGAGCAACAGCGGCUACCUUUGGCACCGCUUCCAUGAGUAUGCCAGCAGGAUUUGGCACUCCUGCCCAGUACAGUCUCCCCACCAGCUUUAGUGGCAGUUUCCAGCAGCCCACCUUCCCAGCCCAAGCAGCUUUCCCUCAGCAGCCAGCUUUCUCUCAACAGCCCAAUGGUUUCGCAACAUUCGGACAGACAAAACCUGUGGUAACCCCUUUUGGUCAAGUUGCAGCUGCUGGAGUGUCUAGUAAUCCUUUUAUGACUGGUGCACCAACAGGACAGUUUCCAACAGGAAGCUCUUCAACCAAUCCUUUCUUAUAGCCUUAUGUAGACACUGUACUGGAACGGACUUCUAUGUGAUCAUAUUACAUCUCUCCGCCUCUUGCCCUGUUGUCUUGUUUCACUGAUCUUAGCUUUAAACACGAGAGAAGUCUUUGAAAAGCCUGCAUUGUGUAUUGAACACCAGGUGAUACGUGCAAAACAGAGGGCUCAGCAACAACUUUUCACUUGUGAAUUGGCAGGAAAAGGUAGCGGCAUCAUGUAUGUUAAAAAUUGGCUAAUAUUAAGUUAUUGCAGAUCCCACAGUCAUUAUGCUGCAGUACUGUACAUACUUUUCUUAGGAAUUAGCUAUGUGUGCAUAUCAGUAUUUGUAACUUUAACACAUCGUUAUGUGAGAAAUGUUACUGAGGAAAUAGAUCAGCCACUUUUAAGGUGCUGUCAUAUAUCUUGGAAUGAAUGACUAAAAUCAUUUGAAGCAUCGCUUCUGGAAAAUUCAAAGUCAAAAUUGGAAGGUUUUAUUCAUUCUUGAAUUUUUCCUUCUGAAGAGCUCUUCUAUUUAUACACGGCUAAAUUCUUUAAAGAUGUGGAGGACACCUGUCUGCAGAAUAAAGCUGAUCAUGUUUUGCUACAGUUUGCAGGUGAACAAAAUAAAUAUUAGAAAAUAUGCUAUUGUUUUUGUGUUCUUGCUGCAAUGCCUUUACCAAAGUGGCCUUAAAUAAUGAGUAGUGAGUUGAGAACAUCUUGAAUUCUUAAAGACUUCUAGUGACUAACUUUUUUUAAAAGGCCAUUUAGAAAAUUUAUUAAAACUACUAGGACUGCUAUAUUCAGGACUGUGACAGUAGAAAAGCAUUUAAAUGUAGCUUGUCAGAUUCACCAUGCUCUUCUGAUUUCUCUGCAACUUCUUAAUUUUGUGAAAUUUGUAAAUAUGGAGAAUUUGCAUGUAUGUGUAUUUACAAAUAUUUUUUAAAGAUCUUGAAUUCUCAGACUGCAAAAGGCCUAUUUUAACUAUUUUUUUCUGUUCUCCAUUUGAAUUGUCGUUGAAUGUAUUGGGAGCAGACAUGCAUCGACUGUGACAUGAUAGCACCUGAGCUCCUCUCCCUCCUCCCGUUCUCUAGACAGACUGAUAACUAUCUGUAGAACAUUUGUUUGUUUGGGGGUAAAGCAACAGGAACCCAAUGUUACCUUAAAGUGAUGAAAUACUUUGUGUAAAAAGGUAGCAAUACUAAGUUUAGUUUAUCUUUUUGUUAAUAUUCAAAUGAACUGUUUAAUUAUUUAUAUGUAGUAAUGCCUCGUUCAUCCCAAGAUAAUCUGGCCCUCUCAUCAAAAUGAAACACAACUAAGAGAACUGAAAUCAUUAAAAAACUGCUUUGAAAACACCCCUACGUCAUGAUUCUGUAUGUAGAACAUACAUGUUUCUUUGAAUGUGAGAGUUUAAUAAUUUGAUGUACUGGCCCAUAGCAUAUUUGUGUUGAUGAAGGAAGGAGUCCAGAGCAAUGCUGGAGAGCAUGCACUGCCAAAGGCUGUAGGGACAGCCAGCCCAGUCCAGAGGACAGCGAUAUUAGUACAUCUGGUAAUGACUGUGCCAUCCAAAAAGCUAAAAUUGCACACACAGUAUGUAAUGCCUGUAGCAAAGUUUUAGGUGAUGUAAGCAUCAGUCUGCUCAGACAUUUUAUUCAUAUUGGAUGCAUUUGCAGUGCUGGCUGUUGCUGUCAUGCUUAAGUCUGGGGUUUACUUGGGCUGCAGUCUGCUGCUCUCCUUACCAGAAGGUGUGAUUUAUAUGUAGAUGACAAAUGACAUGCCCGAGUCUCAGCCCUUUCUGGGCACCCUGCCCCUGAGACUCCGGUUACCACUGCUCAGGCUCAGCUACACUUUGGGCAUAGUCUUGAGUUCUUUGUACAUUUUGGGGUCUUCAUCUAUUUUCAUGGAAGGAGAAUUUGAAUGUCUUUAACUGUUUGAGAUUGUAUUAGAUUCAAAUCAGUUCAUAUGUACAAAAGUUAGACUAUAUAAUUGUAGGCCGUUACCCAGACAGCCCAUCAGGCUUCCCAUCUAUUAAGUAAAUUAAACAGUUGUUAUUAAAAAUA